CCUCCCGCGGCUGCCGGGGCGGUGACCGGCGCGGGCGGCGGAUGGCGAGCGGGCCAUGCGGACGCCUGGCGACCCAGGACCCCACCGCCCUGCGCUCAUCCCUCGCGCCGCGGUAGCCCGGUGCCCGCGUGCCUAGCAGUGGCCUUUGUCCCCUGGGUCGCCGAUUGCCGCGCUCCGGCCGGCGCGGAUGCAGCUGCUCCGCCUGGGCUCGCGGCUGGAGGAGGAGCGGCGGCGCCGGGCGGCAUGCGAUGGGGAACUGCUGCUGGACGCAGUGCUUUGGACUGCUCCGCCGGGAAACGGGGCGGCUGCAGCGAGCCGGCGGAGGAUCAAAGUACUUUAGAACAUGCCCAAGAGGAGAGCAUUUGACCAUAGAGUUUGAGAACCUAGUAGAGAGCGAUGAGGGGGAGAGUCCAGGAAGCAGCCAUAGGCCACUUACUGAGGAAGAAAUUGUUGACUUACAAGAGAGGCAUUAUGAUUCGAUUGCUGAAAAGCAGAAAGACGUGGAUAGGAAACUCCAGAGGGAGUUAGCCUUACAAGAGGAGAAGUUAAGACUAGAAGAAGAAGCUUUAUACGCUGCCCAGCGUGAAGCAGCCAGGGCAGCAAGGCAGCGAAAGCUCCUGGAGCAAGAAAAGCAGAGAGCUACACAGCGCUAUCAUCCUGGCAGUGGAGACUAUCAAAGUGCAGGACCAGAAGAUGACCUCGAAUCUUGUCUGCGAAACAUGAAGUCACAGUACGAAGUUUUUCGAAGCAGUAGACUCUCAUCUGAUGCCACAGUCCUGACACCAAAUACCGAAAGCAGCUGUGACUUAAUGACCAAAACCAAAUCCACCAGUGGGAAUGACGACAGCACCUCCCUAGACCUGGAGUGGGAAGAUGAAGAAGGAAUGAAUCGGAUGCUGCCAAUGAGAGAGCGCUCGAAGACAGAAGAGGACAUCCUUCGGGCAGCACUGAAGUACAGUAGCAAGAAGGGCAGCAACCCCACGUCCACCUCUGAUGAUUCCAACGGGCUGGAGUGGGAGAACGACUUCGUCAGCGCCGAGAUGGAUGAUAAUGGCAAUUCUGAGUACUCCGGGUUUGUGAAUCCUGUCUUAGAACUGUCGGACUCUGCCACCAAGCAGUCUGAUACGGACCAGCAGAUCCGAUAGGAUGAAACUGUGUGACCUACUUACCAAAUGUUAAAAAUCACCUAGAAUGUACAGAUGGAUGCUGAGCCUUUUUGUAAGGUGGCAUAGGAACCUUGUGACAAGUGCAGGAGUGGAGGGAGAGACAGCUGAAUGCUUCGGUCAGGUGCGGUCUCAACAUCUGCCUUGUGUGUCCCAGGACUGACUCGGUGAGCUGACAUAUCAAACAUUCAUGGCAUUCCUGUUCACCCUGGUCAGAGUUCUGCAUCUUAAAUCAUUUUUGUUUUACUUUGACUGCUUUAGUAAACCUAUUUUAUUACAGAAAUAAAAAUCUGAAAGUCUUUUGUUGGUUCUCAGCAGAUGUAAAGGCAGCGUGAGGGAGGGAUGUUGGAUGUAUUUAGGAGGCUGGUCCCUUUUCCAACAUCAUUUACAGUGAUGACUUCCUUUAAUUUUGUUGUCGAGCAGUCAGCAGUUAACCAGAGAUGACCCCAAAGCGUGCCGAGACCUCACAUACACACACCCUAAUCCAGUGUUUACUCAAUCUGAAUAGAAAAUAGUAAGAUUAAAGAAACUUUCAGUUUGGAUACUUUGAGUUGGUAAUAAAUAAUAGUUAACAAUAUAAAUUAAAUUUUUUUUACUUCCUUUUACAUGCCUCUAUGUUGGGUUUAAAUUGAGAUCUUAACUGUUUGCUUUCAUUUUUUUUUUUUAUAUUUCCAGUGGAUGAUCUUUGCAAGAUUUUACACAGAACAUAUUCUGUGAAUGAAUUAAGAAAACAUUAAAAUACGAGUAUUUCCAAGUAAAUAAAAUCCUUUCUGAUAGGAAAGGUCCUGUUGAUUGUAUUGCCCUUUCCUUUGCCUUGUAGUACAAGGUGCUUUGUGGGACGGAACUAAUGUAUCUGUGUAUUGACGGCCUGUGUCUGGAUCCAUGUGGAAGACCAGGGCUGAGAAACGCUCCCUAACUGCAUUCCUUGGUUUGGCUGAGGACUGAGUGUCACUGUGGCAGGCACACUGUUCUGUCUCCCUUGCUGUCUUGCUUUCUUCAGCAGUGAUGGUGCAUGCUCUCAACGGUACAGGAAGGCCCAGGUAGAGAUAGUGAAGUUCUUCUGUCCAUGAAAAGUUGUGUGGCCCUUUCGAUAUCUGAACUGCUAUACAAUGACAUCUGCAGUUUUGUCAUUUUUUUAGUCUCAUAGAAAUAAAUAUACUUUGAUAUGUAAAUAUGCAUUAGGUUAUGCUAUUAUUUAUAUCUGUCUUAAAAUUUAAAUUGCAGUUGUGCCAUGGAAAUAAUUUAAAAAAUACUCUAUAUUCACAUUGCCUGUGUUCCUGCUUUUUAAGGUUUAUAUUACAUCAGAUGUAUAUUUUUGGUUUGGCAUAAGCUACUGUUGUAAUUUUUUGGCUUUUUGUUCAUAAAGAAUUUUCUGAAGGAAUGGUAACUUCUCAAGGAUUGUGAAUAAACAUUUUUACAUUUAAUGAUAUUUGCAUAUUGC